AUGAAAAGCGGAGCACAUGGCCCAAGCGGUUCUGCUUCCGGAACAAGUCCCUCGGAGCGGCCUGCUGGGUCCGAACUGAUCCCCAUUCCCCCUGUAGUUGAAAUCCCAGAGGGGAAUGUGGAAGCCUCGCGCCCUUUUGAUGCGGAAGAAGUUGAUGCGGGGGCUCUUGUUCACAGAGGUAGGCACUCCAGUGCUGGUGAUGCCGCUGGCACCCGUGAAGAGGAUAUCCAAGUCGUGGAUAUUAUCGAUGAGGAGAGACAGGAGGGCCUAAAAAAGGCUGGCAAGUCCUCAGAGCCAGCGAGGAGGUCUGUUGGUGGUGUGAAGGUUCUCCCUCCUGCUGGGGACAAGGGCAAAGGGCCAGCGAAGAAGUCAGCUGGUGGUUCCAAGGUUCUCCCCUCUGCCGGUGGAAAGGGUAAGGGCAAAGCUGUGGUGUCCUCGGCUGCUGAAUCAGAGGAUCUUGUUCCUGGGCCCAUUUCGAGUUUAUCGGGUAAGGAAUUAGUUCAUGCGCUGCUAGCUCGUGUCCACUCGGAGGACCAGGAGAAAGUGGAGAAUUUGUCUCGGGCGUCUCUGGCUACUCAGCUAUGCCAGCUGGCUCUUCAGGUAGAGUCACGGUUAUGGGGUGCCGUUAAGUGCAUCCAUGACUAUGAUAUGGCAGAGAAGGAAAGAGAAAAAGAGCAGGUAGAGGUCGCCAAGCGCGAUGAUGUUGUUGCUGGAGUUGUGGAGCGCUUGAGCAAGGCUGAGGCGGAGGUUGUUGAGUUGAAAGCUCAAUUAGCUCAGGUGGAGGUGGAGAGAGCGUCCUUGGCCUCCGAAUUGUCGAGGGCCACAAAAGAGGGCCAUGAAUGCCUGGCCAGGUUCAAAGCUGGUUAUGAAAGAGACUACGAGGAAGCCAGGCGGGGCUGGAAAAGGAUACUUGUGGAAGCUCAGAACCGCGCGUUCGUCCUGGGGGCUCGAGAUCAGCGCCUGGAGUAUUUCUUGUCUCCGCGAGGUCAACAUUUCUUGGGGUUGAUGCUGGAAGGCACUCUGGAGGCUUUCAAAAAGACUCCCGAAUACUUGGAGGAUUUUGGACCCCUCUUUGCUUAUGUGAUAGAGCAAACAGCUUCCAAGGCAUUGGAGAUGGCGGGGGCCACCCCAGAGCAACUUGCCACUUUGAAUUUCAGAGCCCUGAUGGAUAAUCUCCAGGAUGAGGAGAUAAAUAAGCGGAUGGGGAUCCCUGCGCGUUCUCCAGAGAAGCCAGAGUGGUGGUACCCAGUACUAGAGAAAGCCAUUCCCUAUUUUUCUCUUGGGAUUGGAUCUGACUCGCUGCCCUCUACUCCCGUGUAUGCACCUGCGUUCUCUGCUUCCUUGGCGCGCUUUGUGAACCGGCUGCGGGAUCCUUCUGGCGAGAGCUCCCGAACAUUUUCCCAAUUUGGCCUGGAGCCUCCCCUGCCCUCUGACUUAGCGGCUUCUGCCUUCACCGACUCUGCCUCUUCCCCCGCUGCGGUGGGACAGCUGUUCGACCUGUACCAAAAUGAGGAUCUGUAUGUGCAAGAGGCUGCAAAGUUGUUGGACUUGGGAGUUCGUCUUCCUCAAGUGAAGGAAACUGGCCCGUUGCCCGUGUUCACAGAGAAAGCCGUUUCUGGCCGUGCUUCUGCCAGUGGUGUUCCUCCCCCAAUUUCAUCUGCCUCUGCUCCUGUCUCCUCUGCUGCCGCUCAAGCUGCUUCUGUUCCUCCCUCUUGAUGUUCCCCCUUUUUCUCCUGACUUUAUCAAAAGGAAAAUUUUGUAACUCUUUAAUUUGUACCAACUGAAC